AUGUGGAACACACAGGGGUACGGAGUACCCGGAGAGUUAAACUUGGGCAGUCACGGUCCCGGAGGUGUGGCAGAAGCGCUUGAAGCGCCGACGUAUGCUGUCGUUUGCAGCGCCAGACUGAAGCCAGCCGACGCAGAUCGAGCCACGGAAGUGGAAGGCGCAGAGGAGGAGCUGGAACCGGAGAACUUGGACCCGAACGGGAACCCUCUCGGCAGUAACGUGAUGGCGCCGACCGCCGAAAUGUUCGCGGACUACGAGACCGACCACAUGGCGCACACUGAAGAAGACGUGUACGAGUUGCGCUUGGUACAGACGGACGAGUUCGGCGACUCAUGUAUCUGUACGACUCGUCUCUGA